ACUCAGCUAGGGGCAGAUCCACUGAUUCCUGCCCUUUAUCUUCUUCCUAUAGACCAGAAAGCAUGCUGAGCUGAGCUUCGGUGCUGAAGGACAAGACGACGAUGGAGCCAGGCAACUUUCCUCUGAGGUUUCCAAGCCAGACCCCCAAACUGCUUACAGGUCCUGGGAAGCGUGGUCCUGAAUUCUCUCCACUGCCCUCCCAGCUGUGGAACAUCCGCUUGGCUCAGGGAGCACUUAAGGAAAGGGUCAAAGCAGGUUCAAAUGCUGAAUCUUCAUCAAAUUCAAAAAUUUUGGACAAAGGACUGGCUAAACUCUUUGAUGAAAUUCUACUGCAAGUGUUUUCCAAAGUUCCAUUAGAAGAAACAAGAAGAACAGCAGACAGAUCAAUUACAAAGAGAGACAUGCAAGAAAGUUAUCCUUCACGAAAGAGCUCAAGAGAAACCGACUUUGCACUGAGUUCAAAUAAGCGAGAUGAACAUUUGGCUAAAUUGUUUGAUGAAAUUCUACUGCAAGUAUUUUCCAAAGUUCCAUUAGAAGAAACAAGAGCAGCAGCUGGCAGAUCAAUUACAAAGAGAGACACAAAAGAAAGAGCAACUGUUGAUGGGAAUUCUCAUGAACCAGAAUUUUUCUUUGACAGCACAGGCAGAAUGUCCAAUAACGAAAACAAUCCAGCAGAUGAUCAAAAUCACAAUCCACCACACGUGGAAAACAUCUCCCAAACUCUCCGAAGAUCGUCAGAUCACAUUGCAGAGGAGCAGAGGGAUCAAGAAUCCUCUCUAUUCAACAGGGAUGUGAGUGAUACGCAGUCAACGACCAUCAAUAAGGGGACGCUUCAAGAAGCAGUCAGUCCAGAUGUUCUGAGCAGGGGCAUGCCGUGCUCACAGCUUCUGCAGUUCCUCCAGAAGAACAUCAUCGUCGCUGCCGUCUCAGUGGUGGGAAUCGUCACGGCCACGGGGCUGCUGCUGCUGGCACUGGUCACGUACAUCAGGAAGAAACAGUCACUACAUUCUCCGGCAGACAUCACAUACAAUAUUUUUAUAAUGAAUGGAAAGACUUGGUGGCAAAAGUCUCAAGACAAGAAGACCAAAAAACAUGCAGGAAAACAGAAACGGUUGAAGUUAAAUUCUGGUAUCUAAGCCAGGUGGUGAGCCCAGCCACCAGCACCUAAAGCUGUGACGUGAGGCGAUUCUCCAUCCAGACACGUGGAAAGGCAUUUGGAUUUCUGGCUGUGAGGUGCACCCUAAAAAAUGUACCUUUUCCUCUCAAUUUUGAAUGGACCAAGAAAACAGUUUUGACCACAGAUUGCUCAUAUGGUAACAGCAUUAAUGGCUAAUACAGGAGGCUUAGCACGUUUCCCCAGAGACUAACCUGACAAAAUAAUGGAUUGAUUUAUUUAUUAAAACAUUGGUUUGUUUUUUUCAGCCA